AUGGCUAAAGAGUGUCCCCAGAGGCUCCAGAAGCACACUGCAGCCUUAGCAACAGUAACAGGGGAAGCGUUCCAAGGGGAACAGUUUCAGGGAAACGAGAAUGCCUGGCUGGAAGCAGAGAUGCUGGGGCUCCGCCAGGCAAGUCAGUGAAGCAGUCCCCAGCGCUUUUGCAGCCUACAGACCCCUUACCACCCAAGCCAGUGGUGCAGCUCACUGCUACUCUCCAGCUGCCUAAUGGACUCACCCUGGAAGUCCCCAUUACGAUUGACUCAGGGAGCAACGCAGACUUCGUGGGGAUGCAGUUCAUCAAGCAGCAUCGCAUAGCGCUACUACCAGCCACGCUGCCUCUGAAUGUGGUCACCGUAGAUGGCAGGAAGUUGCUGGGUGGGCAAGUGGUACAACAGACGCCACCCAUGCUGCUGAAAAUUGGGAAUCAUCGCGAGGUCAUCAGUUUCAAUGUCACCCAACUGUCAGACACGCCCAUAGUGUUAGGCAUGAGUUGGCUGGACAGACACAGCCCAUCAUUGGCGUGGUACCAGCGGCAGCUCACCUUUGGCUCGUCCUACUGCGCACAACAUUGCAUCCAGAUCGGCCAGGAGGAGGAGGGCCAGGAGGAAGGGCAACAGUUGCAUCUAGGCAUGGUGCAG